GUCCACGAGUGCGAAAACCUAAGAAAACCACUGGACCAAAUGAAAAAGCCAACUCACCAUCCGGCACAGCUAGCGCAGGCAGCACAGGCUCAACAACGGGUGCGGCAGCGGGAGCUACAUCGACGACAUCAUCCUCAUCAUCAUCAGAAGAUAAACGACCGCGUACAGCAUUUAGUGGUUCGCAAUUAGCAAGACUGAAGGUAGGCAUUGCGAAAAUUGUUUUUCUUCCCCUUGUGUUUUCAUUACAGCAUGAAUUCAAUGAAAAUCGCUAUCUGACCGAAAAACGCCGGCAACAGCUAAGUUCGGAGCUGGGCCUCAAUGAGGCUCAAAUAAAAAUUUGGUUUCAAAAUAAACGUGCGAAAUUGAAAAAAUCCAGCGGUGUCAAAAAUCCCCUUGCCCUACAACUGAUGGCCCAGGGCCUGUACAAUCAUUCGACAAUACCAUUGACCCGCGAAGAAGAAGAAUUGCAAGAGCUACAGGAACGAGAGAAGGCGGCCAAUAACAAUAAUCUAACACAACCAGCCGCCAGUGCGGUAUCAUCUUAA